AUGGCGUUUCUUAUAGUUGUCUGUUUUUUGGCUUUUUUCACAUCUAUAAUUUGGAGAUACCGUGGAUGGCUGCUGUCAUUAAUUGUUGCAAAAAUUUGCCGUUGUCGUUCAGUACGUUUAGGAAAAUGUGGCUUUUUUUACAUAGAACAAGUUAGAAUUUGUUUAAAUGGUGGUGUCGUAGUCGAAAUUGAUGACUUGCGUUUAACCACUAGUAUUUUUAACGCUCAUUACACAAAACCAUUCAUUAUCACAAUAAAUGAUAUCCGCAUCGAAGGUGAGUGUAGUGAACAAUCUUCUUCAGCUCCCAUUUAUGAAAGUAAAUACAGUAUUGGGGAUUUUGAACGAUACCUUUAUUGGUUUCAGUAUACAAAUGUGCUAAUCCGUACAGCCCGUGUUGCAUUUCUUGAUGUCAACCGAGGAUCCUUGUUACAUUCAACAGUGCAACAGCUCCAACUCGAUGGAUAUCGAAAUCGAGAAGGGAUGCAAAUUGAACUUUCAUGUAAACUGCUGCAAGCAAAACUGUUCAGUCGAGAAAUGAUUCAGAAUACAGCACCGCUUUUUCUGCUUUCAUUAGGAUUCUCCACUUGUUGCAAUAUUCCUCUAGGUAUUUUCAAGCUAAACCGACUUGCUGCUCGAAUCACAGAUCCUCAGCUAACUGUUUCUGACGGUUUAUUAGAAUACUUAUGUCACCAUUCGCUGCGCCAGACAACAAGAACCACUUCUGGUCAAUUUGUCACUUUCAUAAAUGUUGAAAAUGUUCUCAGUACAAAUUUGCAACUCGAGAUUGAAAAUCUAGUGCUGAGAUAUACAGCAAGCAUCACUUCACAAAUGUUUACGAUUUCGGCAAGAAUAAAUACGUUAUCGGUCAUAGUAGAUAAUAAACAACGAUUUGCUGUUGUUUUAACUACAAUUAUUAUGGACGAUCAAACUCCUGAUACCUCAUUUAGUUGCGCCGAAUUCAACGCAAAAUUAAAUAAAGUGGUAGGUAGUUUCCAAUUUAUAUUCACUGAAACAAAAAUAUUCAAACCGCAUGUUGUUGUCAGUCAAAAUACUCUUUGUCAGUGGAUUGAUUACUGUCGUAGCAUAGAACAAAAAAUAUCUACUGAAGGUCAUUUCGAAGACGAUUUUUCAACUGCACCCCUUGAUUUACUGGUGAUGCCGCAGAAAAAAAAACGACCGUAUUGGAAAUCGUUGUCAGUAGAAGUUAAUUCGCUCCACUGUCAUUUGCUUUUGUCUAGUGGUCAGGAAAUCGAUAUUGGUCUUGAAUUGGGAACAUUCCAUGUUGAAGAUAAUUUUUCAUCGGUUGAAGUUGGUUUAGAAUCAGUAUCCGUUCAGCGAAAAUUGCCUUUCAUUGAUGAGUCAUCCGAUUCUCGAUUUUGUCAUGCUUGGGGCAACACGCUUACAAUUGGAGCAUUGUUAACUCAGUACUCUGUAAACAGUGAUAUGAGAAGACUACUAAUUAAACUAGUAGAAUGCCAUGCGGAAUAUGAGGAAGAACUCAUUCAUCAGGUGGCAUCAUUAUUAUCAUCCCUUCUCUCUAAUGGUGUUGCAUCUGCUACAUCUGGCUCGUCAUCGAAGGCAUUUCUACCCCAUCCACCACCACAAAUAGUUUCAGUGAUUCAGGUGUCUGUUGAAAAUAUUGCGGUCUUUGUUCUAGUCCGACAUUCUUUAUACUUCGUAAUUUCUGUUGAAAACUUACGAAUGGACGCUCUCCCAUCUUCAAUGACGAUGUCAAUGCUUGCAGUCAAUUUUAAAGUACUUCAGGGAAUCGUUACAAAUAGGAAAUUCAUUCUCUGGAUAGAUUUAACUCAUCUGAAAUCGAAACAGAUUUGCGGAAGUGAUCGUUUAAUGAUGCGUCUUUCUCGAUUGCCAUCAUCGUGGGAAUGGAUUCUUUUAGCUGAAUCACCAGUGACGUUGGUUUGGAGUACUAGUGCUCAUAUUGCUUUUUUAGAAACAUAUCGAGGUUUAAGACGAGUCUUUGGAUUAUUCAUACAGAAAGCGUCUCUUGGAGUAUUAAGGCAAUUUCAUUUCACGGUAGAAACAUCUAAUUCGGUAACAAUGAAGUUUCAUCUACCCAAUGAUCAUAUCAUGUGUCUCGAAGUUCCGUCAUUACAUAUACGGUAUAUGGAUCAUCUGAUGAUUGAAAUGCCUCAGUUUGUAGCUUCCCUAGAUGGACAUCCUAUUCUAACGAUUGAGAAGUUUCGGGUCCAAAAACAGAUGUUCGAUGCCGGAAUGGAUAUAGGUAGAAGUGAGUUUAAGAAUCUUAAAAAUCGAACCAAUAAAGUUUGGAUGUGGUCUGCUAACGCGGUUAUAUUUGUCUUCCCGUACAAUUAUAAUUUUGCUGCCUGUUAUGAUGAGAUAAUCAACGUUUGGAAAUGGAUGAAAUUGGUGCAUAACUGGGUAAGAAAACCAUUCACUGUAGAAAGUCCACUUCCUUGUGAUUUACGGUUUUCAAUUAAAAAAGCCUCAUUACAAAUCAACGAUGAUCCUUUUGAAGUGCAAUUGCAAAAUAAUUAUGAACUGAUGGUCGAUGAAGUUUAUGAAUGUGAACGUCGACGACAAAUGCUGGAUCAGAAAUUAGAGCAGCUUCAAAAAACACGCCCUUUUCUAUCACAAUCAAAGGCGGAUGAACUACAUAGAUCUUUAAUCAAGAAAAAUGCUGAAAUUUACAUCGAGCGGUCCAAGAAAUUGCCCAGUUCCAGAAAGCAUAUAUUUUUAUGGUCAAUCACCAAUUUUGAGAUUCAUGCUUAUGCAGAUCUUACCUUGCAUGGGAAGGAAAAUGCACUUAAUCAUCUAAAAGCAUUCAAUCCUGAAUCGCUAUUUUCCGUCGAAGAUAUGGAAUUCAUCACAUUGUGGGCACGUGCGAUUGAAGUGGAUUGUGAUAAUUGGGUCAUGCAAUUUCGAGAUUAUCCGUUACCGUAUGUUCUAAUGAAAGACGCGCAUUUUUGGGGCUAUUUAGUUGGAAGUGAACAACUGGCUGGAUCGCGAUCGAUAAGGACAAGUAUUAUAUCGUUGCCGGAGCCUUGGGGACAUUAUAUUAUUGAACGAAAUAUGUGUCCUUUGAAAUAUUAUUACGACCUUUCAUCUGAAAUAAAGGAAUUGAACUGCACUUACGGUCCUUGUUGGGAGCCAUGCUUAUCAAUGAUAAGCCUUUGUUGGAAUAAUGUCAAUGCCCCAUCAAGUGAUCCGAGUCCGCCAUUGCCUUUCUGGGAUAAAAUCCGACUUCUUUUUCAUGGUCGAUUUUCUAUGCUUUGCCAUUCUUUGGUUACAUCUAUGCUUGCUUCUACGGAUCCCUAUAAUUCUACAGAAUUGGUAGAAAUUUGUUGGAAGGAGUUUGGAUUCGACUGGAUUACAGACCAGUUUUGUGUGCAAACCGAUGUGGAUGCGUUCGUUCGAACAGCUUCGAAAUAUGAUGAAAGUCGUGUCUUACAUUUGCCAGGAUUUAAAUUCAUUGUAAAAAUGGAUUGGAAAUGUAUCGGUGAUUCGCAUGAUCAUCACAAUGUUUCACCAUGUGCUCCUGAUAAGCUUCCAGAGUACUCUUCUACGAAUUUGGAGCAUGAUUCCUAUCGCGCAUUUCGUUCUACUCAUCUUAACUUAGUUUUGAAUUUGGAAGUGAAACAGCAAGAUGGCUCUGUUACAAACAGCCAUUAUCCCCAGAUUUUGCUAUAUGCUAACACUUUUCGGUGGCUUGAAUUUCUUAAGAACACGAUGACAACAGUCAACAGGCCUGUAAAGCGUGGUCGACUUUUUAGUGAGAAUAAAACUAAAAGGAAUCAACUUAGUCGACAUUUGAAGCAUAUUCAGUUAAGUGUCACGCUUCCUCGCUUUCUAAUUACAUAUUGGAUGUCUUACGCUUCUUCGCAUGGUUUACGAAUGAUUAGUGAAAGUUUGCAUUUAACUUCAUCAAUGGAACUUCAUAUUUUGCAAAACAGUGACCAAAAGGAUGGUAUCAAUAGAAAACGAGUAGCUAAAUGGUCAGUUUUAUAUGUGUCGGCUCAGCUUUUAAAUACACAAAUCCAUCUUUUUGGUGCCGAUUCGCAGAAAAUUGUUCCUCACGUUGAUGACAAUACAUUUUUUAUUGGAUUAGAUCGACUUUCGUACACACGUGAAGCGCAAUCGAAGAAUAAACUUAACGACGGAAAGUUUAAAUUAUCAGAAAGUGAUGAAGCUGUACAUCGACUUACAAUUCAUGAUUUGCGUGCCUCAUGGACUCCUGAAAAUCGUGACACUUGCUUAGCAAUUGCUGAUGGUAUCCAUAAUGCCCAUAUUUUACGACGAAUCUUGGGAACGGAUGCUCUGAAAACGCCUAGUUUGACGAAAGCAGGAGUUCGACCAUCGCCAACAGGCAUUUUAAAUAAUACAGAAGCAUCGAGAUCAAACAUGAAAUUUCCACCUGACUCUGAUAAAAACAGUCGGUCGCCGUUUGGUUAUGAUGGACGAAUAACGGAGGAAAAUGACAUGUUGCAGAGAUUAAUUGAUGAGGCUGGUACAAAGCUUGUUGCUUAUGACGAAGAGACAACUGAUGUCCCUUCAGAUAUGUUACAAGGAAUAGCUCUAUGUACUGGAGAUGAUUUGGUGUUAAUAAAUUGGCAAAUUGAUCUUAUUAACAGUCAAGCUGUAUUACGAGGGCAAGGGAAAGAUGGAUUUAUAUUAUUGACCGCUGCUCAUGCAUCUGUCACGCAGCGCGUCCAUGCAUUGGUUUGGAAGAAAUCACAGUUACUGAGCAAGAAAUCAUGGUGUGCAACGCUUUCAGGAAUGCAGUAUUUCGCACCUUUGGUCAUGUCUCAACACUCCAGUCCAUCGGAACCGAUCUCUAAUGGCUUCCAUUGGCUGAAUCGGGACAUUAUUGAAGAAAAAACGUGUAGUGAUCCUAAUGUUAGUGAUCGUUUAAAUCCUUACAUCAGCACUGGAGAAGCUGUUGGCGGUGUGGUUGUUGAUCAUGGUAAUGUAGCACAAACUGACGGGAAACCUCAGUUGCAAAGAGUUGUUUCAAGAUGUAGUUGUCAAAUGUAUUUUUGUUAUUUCUCGGACACACUGGAUCUUGAUACGCAUGAAAUCCCCUAUUCCGUCAGUCCAAUUAGUGAGUGCAAUGAACCAGGGGAAAUUUGGGGUCAGCCAGAACCAGUUGAUUGUUUUACUCUCAAACACAAUAUGCUUGAAGUUCGAGUCAGUACUAAUCCGGAGCAGUAUCAAAUGGUAAUGAAUAUCGUGAAUCAGUUAGUUUUGUUUGUGGACCCACGAAAGAAAGAAAGUGAUCGUAGACGACAACGGCUGCAUUUUGAGUUGCAACUCAAAGAUGUUGAUGAAGUAAAAUCAGCCAUUUUUGCCAUGCAGCGCUUGAAAAAAUCACAGGCUGAAUUAAGAGAUGUCAUCGCUGUCAUUCGCUCUCUGGAAAGGCGUUUAUUCUUUUUGAACAGACAGCUGCAGGAUUCAGAGAAUGAUGCUGCAAUACUGGAAGCGAACAGAUCCGUAACAGCAGAUAUUGAUGAGCUGAAACAAAAUCAAAUUGUUCUUUGUGAUGAGUUAGCAUUGACUAUUAGUUGUUAUAAAGAGAAGCAAAUGGAAAUAAUGCGACAUUUGGUUGAUGCUGCUGAAGACGAACAAGCUCCUGUUGCUAGAAGAUUCGAAGUAUGCUUCGAAGAUUGCAUUUGGAGACUUACAGAAAGUGAUGGACAAAUUGCACUUGCUGAAAUGCAAAUUCGAAAUUUCUUAUAUACACGCACAGCUCGUAUAGAUAAUUCUGGUGAGCAUUUGCUGGAAAUUGGAACAGUGCAAGUGACGAACUUGCUUCCUGACACACUUUAUAAGCAUACUUUGCAAGCUCAGAACACUUCGCGAAGAAAAAAUGAUCGUCAGUCGGAAUCAAUUCGAGUUGUUUGUCGUGAGAAAGCACCAGUUGGAGGGAUUUCGGUUAAAGAACAUUUCGAAAUAAACGUUUCGCCAAUGAAUGCUCAAAUUACUUAUAAAUUUUUUGAAAAAAUGAUGGGAUACUUUUUUCCUGGUCGCAAUAUUGAUAAGGAAGAUCAGCGAAAUCUUGACACUAAUGAAGAACCUCCAAAUAAUCAAGGUGUUUCAGUUAGCCAAUGGUUACGCGGAGCAAUGAAUGGAUCAUUUAGGCGGACAAACGAGUCGGGUCAAUUGCGGGAUGAUAUCGAUCGUAUGAAAGAGCGGGCUCAAGAAAAUAAUGUUUUUUUGUAUAUCAAAAUACCAGAAGUGCCUUUUAUCGUCUCCUACAAAGGAAAUAAAGAUAAGAAUAUUGAAGAUGUCGAUAGGUUUCAAUUAGUAUUUCCAUUAUGUGAAUAUCAUGAGAAAAACUGGACUUGGCUAGAUCUUGCCUUAGCAAUCAAACAGCGAUGUCGACGGGUAUUGCUUCAGCAAUUCAUGAAGCAGAAAUUAUUACGUAACCGUUUGACAGGUGUUGAACAUGCAGCAACUGAAAUAGACGAAGAAGAAAAGAAACGAAUUGUCCUUGGCACGGCUGCUAUUCCGCUGAAAAAUAAAAAGAAGAAAAAUGCAUGA